UUGACAUUUCCAUGUUGACUUUGCAUCCCUUCAUUUCUCUUUUAUAAACCUCUUCUCAUCUCCCAUCUUCUCCUCCUCUAAAACAAGACACCACCCCCUCAUCUUCGUCCUCUCUCUUUAGCUUCAAGUGCUGGGUUUUGUUCUUCUUCUUCUUCGUCUUUCAUCAUGGCUGUGGAUCUAGUUAGGUAUUCAAAGAUGGAAGAUCAGAUGGCUAUACACGAAGCUGCAUCAGCUGGGCUUGAGAGCAUGGAGCACUUGAUCCUUGCACUCUCUAACCGAACUCGACAAAGCCACCAACUUGACUGCGGAGAAAUCACAAACUUCACCGUCGCUAAGUUCAAGCAAGUCAUCUCCAUGUUGAACCGGACCGGUCAUGCCCGUUUUCGACGCGGACCAAUUUCUUCUCCUUCUUCCUACCCGGUUCCCGUCCGACCUGUCCCUCAAGAACCUCAAAAACUAAACCUUGAUUUUGUUAACAGUAAUAGCCCCCCUAAAGCUGAGUCGAAGAAUGACCUGUCUUUGGGUAGUCAGUAUUCAAAGGAUAGCCUUAGCUCUGGCACCACUACCUCAUCCUUCGUGUCUUCUGUUACAGCUGAUGGGAGUGUCUCUAAUGGGAAACAAGGUGGCUCUUCUCUUUUCGGAACUCAAGCGCGAUCUACCGGAAAACCACCUCUCUCAUCGACCCACCGCAAGAAAUGCCAAGAUCAUGCCCUCUCCGCCAGAAAGAUCUCCUCCGGUGGCAGCUGUCAUUGCUCCAAAAGAAGGAAAUCAAGGGUUAAGAGGACAAUAAGGGUGCCUGCCGUGAGUUCCAAAAUUGCCGACAUACCAGCAGAUGAGUACUCAUGGAGAAAAUAUGGUCAAAAGCCAAUCAAGGGCUCACCAUACCCAAGAGGGUAUUACAAGUGUAGCAGUGUUAGAGGAUGCCCAGCAAGGAAGCAUGUGGAGCGUGCCGUAGAUGACUCGGCCAUGCUUAUUGUGACUUACGAGGGGGAGCACCGUCACUCACAUACUCCGUUACCGGAAGACGUCACAGCGAGUGCUGCAAUGCGACACGUGUUUCACUCAACAUGAGAAGUGCUGAAAAGCCAAUGAUGGACACGUGGUGAAUGACGAUCCGUCUUAGACGGUAGCGAAAGGGCCCGGACUCUCUGGCCGUGACGGUGUCUUUGAGAAGAGUCGGAGAAGGAGAAGGGCUGAUAGACUGUAAAAAAAAAAAAAAAAAAAUUGAAAGAAGAAAUGAGGGGCCACAUGCAAGUGGCUUGGGGAUUUCAAAUCUUGUGUAAACAAACAAAAAAGGUUAAUGUAGAACAGAAAUUGAAAAGAACCAUUAUGAAAAUUCGUCGGUAUCAUUAAUUAAUUCAUGCUCUUUUUUAAAGAUAUGGGAUUGGAUUCUUGGAUGGAAAUCUUUGGAGUGAAGGAGAAGAGGUAAAAAAAGACGUGGGUGGGAUUUAGAAUAUCUUGCAAGUGUCAUUUAGUCAGAGGAAGGUCAAUGGAACUUACAGGCAUUGGGGCCAUGACAGCUAUGGAGGCGCUGCUGGUCGACGACACCCAUCACAUAUGCUCCUUGUUUUUUUAUGAAAAAAGAGGAUACGAUUAUUCUUCGUUCAUUGGAUGCCCUAGCUUUCUUGGGUUUUGAAUAGUGGUGGGUCUUCGGGGGUUUCGAGUGUGUAUAAAUUAAUGGAUCAACGAGUCGGAACCAUUGAAAAGUAUAAGAAAGUUGACUA